GCGUCCUGACAUCCUCUGCGGCGAGCAUUGCCUGCGAUGCACCUCUCUGUCGUCUCUUUCUUGCUUCUUCUCAGCAACAGCAUCCGUUGCGCUCUGGUGACCGACCACGAAGGGGAUGUGAGAACGGUACUCUACAAGCUCAAAGCCACGGCCACCUUCAAGUGCACAGGUCCAGGCCUUACAGCGAUCGAUGGUGAUCUCACUCAGAUGAUGCUGAGUCGCAACGGGGCGGACCUGCGCACAAAACGACUUGGCUAUCGCAACACACAAGGGUUUCACUUUCUGCCCAACGGAGAUGCUAUCGACAAGAGAGAAGGAACGGGCUAUUUUCGCUUCUAUGCGACGAAUGGCGCUUUCGAGCAAGGCAUGUGGGAGACUGAGGAUCCACAAUGGAAGAGAUGCUGUCGUGCUCAGGCGGCCUUCAACGUUUCUCUCGGUGUCACAUCGGCUUAUCUCAGCAAGCGGAGCACAAUCUCCGGCUGGAUCGAGUGUGGCGGUGCAGCUGCAAGCUACCGAGCAGAUUGUAAUGCUACGAUGAGCAGGAUUGAGACCUGCUCGCCCGCCUUCCAUAGCAUCACAGAGAUGCCGAUCUACGACAUAGAUAUCCCCACGAUCCAAGUCUAUCGCUUCUACUACCAGGCCUCUGGCCAAUGCCAGCUACGCAACCUACAACCCGGAAAAGCAACGAUGUCGAGAACAACGAUGGGACCCUUCAUCAGCACGCUGAUGACGAUCUCACUCCUUGCGCCGCGCACCAGUACAGAGUUUAUCAGUUUUGAUCCCGGGCGCUUCUUCGCCGUGCUCAAAGAAGUCAGGAACCCUGGCAUGCAAUCUGUAUCGAUGCGCUUUGCCGUGACGAUCAAAAUACGGGGACAUGCAGGACAGCUGGCCAGCAGAUCAGCAGCCAUGCUGUGAUGCGAUCACCUUUGGCUCCGUCAUCGUUGGCGCCUAUCAACGAUAUGCAGACGUCCUCUUGACGAGCCUUUCUGCGCCGAUUUUCGUCGCGUGCCGGCCGAGUAGGUCCAGCGCCUGUGCUAUCGAAGAGUUUUCUCAUGUCAGUCCAGAUGUUCUUGUCCAUGCGGAUCCCGAGAGCAGAUGCAAGCUGCAGUACGAUCCCUUUGUCAAUUACUGGUGCACAGAUGUCAAGCGACGACUCGAGCUUG